UUUAUUCUGGCGUCGUUGGCGCUUGGCUUCGUGGAGUGGAGUUGUAUUCCGUGCGCAUGUAGCUGUGUUUGUGCGGAUUGUGUUGUUUAUUGUUUUCUGUCAAGUAAAUAAUCUUGGUUUCGUCUAAUGAAAUAAACUGAUUUCAAGCAUUUAUCAUAAUUUCUAUCAAUGAGUGAAUCGUUCUGAGAAGAUGUCUACAAGAAGCGGUCGAGUAAGAUCAAGUGUAAUAGACACAAGUCCGGUGAGGACGCGUAAGGGAGUGUCUCCAAACCGUUCUCCCGCCAGAGGAAGGAAAAGUUCGCCAGCGCGGAAAAGUUCACCCCCCGCGCGUACUUCUGCCACCCGCAAAUCGCCGUCGCGAAAGUCGCCAAGCAGAAAACCUGCGUCUAAAUAUCCCGCUCGUAAGUCUCCAUCUCGAGUAACCAAAGAAUCAUCGGAACCCGAUGUGAAACCAGCUAAAUCUCCCGCCAAGCGUCCUGGUUUAAAAUCGGACGUAUCUGUGAAGCUUGAAGACUUGACUAGCAAACUCGAAAUUUAUCGUAGCACCCGUUCGAAACGCACCGAAUAUUCGAUUAAAGAUGUUUCAUCUACUGAUGACUUGCCUGAUAUUACUAAGUUAAAUGGUGUGGAAUCCUUUGAUGUUUAUGGAUUGAGAAAUAGAAGAUCAGUGGAGGAACUACCUCAGCGUAGGUCAAGCAGGCUUAAAGAGUUUUCAGAUAAUGAGCCUGAUAUCAGAAGAAGUUUGAGUAAGUCUGUCAGCAAGUCCAUUAGUAAGUCUAUCAGUCAAUCAAUUGAUGCAUAUUCAGAUGAGGAGAAUUCUUCAGAGGAUGCCCACACUGAUAAAUCACACUCUGUGACAAGAAAGCUGGCCACUCCUAUAAGGAGCAGUGUAAAUAAGAUUGCACAAAUAAGUGGAAGAUGGGAGUUUGGAGGUCGCAUUGGAUCUGCCUUGCUCAUAUUUAUAAUGCCAUUGACUGUCUUUGCAAUCUUAAAGUCGUGUUGUAAAACCUGUACAUGGAAGUCUCUGUUAGAUCUGUCCUCAUUAAGAUUAUGGACAACUUGGUUCAGCUUGUCAUCAUUUUCAAUUAUGGCUGCUCAGUUGGCGCUGCAAGCGGUGAUUGCACUAGUACCUGUAUGUGGUACCAAAGCUGACAGAAUGGAUAAUAGUGGCACAAAAUAUAAUUUCAAUGCAUUUUUUUCAUGCAUUAUAACAGUGAAUCUCUUAUUUGGUUUACAAUUCUUUGGAGUUAUUGACAAUGAUGUUUUAUUAGAAGAAUAUUUGAGAUUGGCAGUAGCUUCAUACAUUUUUGCUGUUCUUUUGAGCUUAUUUUUGUAUGUGAAAUAUCAUCCUCUUGAUGACAAUGAAUUGAAUCCAUAUGGCACAACAGGAUAUAAGUUGUAUGAUUAUUUUAUGGGGAAAGAAAUACAUCCUUUCAUCAAAAACCUAGAUGUGAAGAUUUGGAUUUCAAGAGUCAGCAAUAUCAGUGCACUCAUUUUGGCUGUUCUUGUCUUCAAACAAGGUGUAAAUUUACAAAUGAAGGAUGCUGAUAAUAUCACUAUAAGUUUGGACAACUACAGAGAAAUCUUAAACAAUAUACAACUUCAGCCUACAAUACUAUUGUAUUCGAUGAUGCAGAUAAUCUAUUUGCUCAGUUUCAUCAUGCGAGAAUAUCGAAUCACAUCUUCAUUCUACUGGCAGUCUGAAGGAGUGGGUUACCUACAAAUUGUAGCAAGCGCUCUCUACCCAUUCUAUUUCACAACAGUGUCUAAAUUUGUUGCUGAUAAUCAAGUAUCACUGUCUACUAACAUCUUAAUCACUGCUUCCGUAAUAUAUGUGCUGGGAUUCUUGAUAAUGCUUCUUAGUAACAGUAUUAAGUAUGAAUUUCGAAGAAAUCCCUUACAACCCAGCUUGGCAAACUUAGACUCCAUGCCCACAUUCCAUGGCAAGAAGCUACUCGUAUCCGGCUUGUGGGGAUUCGUGCGCCAUCCGAACUAUGCCGGGGAUAUCCUGAUACAAAUCAGUUUGUCGUUGCCCGGGGUCUUGACACAUGCGUACGUGGCUGCAGCGCCGGCGGUGUUGUCGAUGAUGGUUUUGCUGCACCGCGCCUGGAGAGAUCACGCGCGCUGCAAAAGACGAUAUGGAGCCGCGUGGCAAAGGUACUGUAAACGAGUACCUUCCGUUAUCAUACCUAAAGUCCUAUAACAUACCACAUUGUUUCUUGUCCUAUUUUUUUACGAUACUAGUGCCAUGAAAACAAUUUCGUCGAAUUUGACUCGUGCCGCUAUUUUCGUAAUGAAAUUAAGGCUUAAUGGGUGUAAAAUCACAAGUGUUUUCAUGAGAAGUCAAUAUGAAUGGUUGCAUGCAUAAAUAACUUUGUAUACAUCAAUGACGUCAAAAGUACACAAAAUGUAAUACAGAAUGUUUGUUUUACAACAGUAUUGACAAGCUUUGAUAGAGAUUUUGUUCUUAUUUUAAGGAUUUAGAACAUGAAGAUCACAAUCUGAACAAGAUCUAUUUUUUUAAUUAUUGUGAACAAAUACUGCAUUUGCAGUGAUAUUAGAUAAAUAUGAAUAGAGGAUAUACUAGAUUUAUAUUUUGUUUGUACAUAGGAAUUAUGUAUGAAAUUUUACAUACAUAUUGUAUGAUUGAAGAAGUUUUAAUACAAUUUAAGGAUCUCUUAUAUCAAUUAAUUUCUAUAACUAUUUUACUUAGGUGUUGUGUAAUUAAGUAGUUGUUGACAUUACUGCGCUGCCAUGAGUGUACCACCGGACAUAUUUUGACUAACAAAAUUUAGCUCUCUAGAGUUUUCGGCAAUUUUUUGUCUAGUAAAUUUAUUUUUGAAAAAUUAAGUUUAAGAAAAUCUAGUAUACCUCUUCAUUUGUUUUCGGAUUUCGUAACAUGAACAUUACAUGUCCGGAAUGUAGUACAAAAAGCAAUACUUAGAUUAUACUGAAAUCGAAUGUACUCUAUUUUAAUAACGAAAUCUCCAAAUUUAGACUUGUACAAUUGAAUAUUUUUUACAUAUCUCGAAUUCAUCAAGAAUAUUAUUCUUUCUUUAUAGUAUAUAUUCUUAAUAAUCUUAAUUUAGUUUUUAGAAUAAUUAAUUAUUGGAUCUUGGUAAUUUUAUAAUUUUAUGUAUUUAUAUUAUGUAUUUUUUUAUAACUAAGUGUAUGUAAUUGUUUAAAAUAUUUUUUUUGUGUGUGUGAUUGUCUUUUGUCGAACAAAGUGUGCCUCAAAUAUGUUCUGAUAGCUCAAAGCCUAAAGUAAAAUGUUAUAUAAAGAUUAGGUAAUUGCUCAGGUUUAAAAGACGACACUUAAUUUAAUGCUCAAAAAUUGCGCGAAUAAGUACUUUUAAAUAUUUGUAACUGUUCCGCCUCAAAUUGGAUCAAUAUUUAUAUAUUGUUAGAUUUUUACACAAAUAUAGCUGUAACUUGCCAUAUUAUGUAAUCUUAUAUAUAGUUUACAAUCAUUUAUCUUACAUUAGGUUUAACUACCGGCAGAAAGUUGUUACAUUUAUUUUGCUUCGUAUAGACGCACUCCUAGACGUAUUUUUAGCGCACUUAUCUAUUGUCUUCAAAACAGUAUUUUGAAAACGCACACUUAAUAUCAUUUUGGCGAAUGUAAGUAUUCUACUUAAUUCUAUUGUCUCAAAGAAUUAGAAUAUAAUAAAUAUUUUUACUGUA